AUGCCUCAUCCUGGAUAUUUCAAGGGUGCUCGUCUUGAGUUCCUGAAAUCGCAGAAAGCCAUCUACCAGACUGCGCGUGAAGAAGGGUGUCUUGCUGAGGCCCUAGCUGAUAUUCAGCGGCGAUUUUUCAAGCGCUUUCCCGUAACUCAGUCCGAGGAGUGGGAGCCUACCAAAGAGCAAUUGCUUGCUGUAAAUGAUGAAGAACCAGACCCAGAAAUGUACGAACCGGAUCCAGAUAGUGAACUGGCAGUCCAACUGAGGGAAAAGCGAAAGGCGGCAUAUAAGAAUCAAAAAGAUAAGAUUAGACGUUGGUUCAAAUACCAAUACAAAAAAGAUCACAAGAUCAACCCAACGUCCAGUGGCUCUGACACCGUGAAUCCUUAUGCUCAACUGCUACAACAACUCCUCGGUAAACAGUCUACGCGUCCCAGACUCAAGACUCCUGUCAAUAUGUGGAGAAAGGAGAAAAAUAAUCGUGAGGCUAUUGAACAAGAACUUAAUAGCAUGGUGCCACCGGUCGAAACAAAACACCUCGCCAAGACACGAGAGGAAAUUGCCCGGAGGCUAUUCAAGGAGUUAAGCGCUGAUGAGAAAAGAAAGUGGACGGUUAGGGCAUCCGAGGAACAUAAAGAGGCAAUGGAAAAAUAUGAGGCGGACAUGGCAGUGGAUGGUAUAUCAUUGUCUCUAGAGGAUCGUCAAAGAGCUAUUGAAAAUCUUGGAAGCUUUAUAGCUCCAAUCCUUGAAGGAAUAUGCAACAUUACGGGUUGGAAAGUUACCUUUUUGGCCGGUGGACCAGAACCAGCAAAUGGCGGUAUGCUGAACACAAUCAGUGUCCACUGUGGCGUUAUGGCUGGAGAAUCAAAAAUGAACUUUGGAAAAGCUGAGCGUGUGCGGUAUAAAAGGAUCAUUCUCCCUAUCUUUGGUGAUUUCUUACGGAAAUGCUAUUCGAAAGUGGAUUGUCAAAAAUGCGCACUUCCGGAAGAAGCAGGAUUUAUAUCGUUGUCUAUGUUGGCCAAUUUUGAGGAUAAGGAAUCUGUCCAGGAGAUUGAUACGUUAUACGUUGCUGGAGAAAAGAAUAGCAUGACAGAUAACCCAGGGAAUACGGCGGACAACCAUGUCAACACAACCGACAACCUAGCGCCGCAACACACGCCAUUGGAUUCUACACAUGCACCCGCACCGGCCUCUCCUAGUCAACAUACCAGCGAUACAGACCAGAGCGACACAGAGAAAUCAAACGUGAAUCCAUUCACUCACGACUGGGACGAAAAUGACAUGGACAUCAUAUCUCAACCGCCGUCUACACCUCCUUCGCCGGCUCCAUCCACCCACAAUUUGCCAACACCAGAGCCACCUUCAGCACCAUCCGCUGAACCUGGAACACAGGAGUCCAUGGCCGUAGAACCAGAUUCGACACCUGCGACACCUUCAGUGCCAUCCGCUACACCUGAAACACAGGAGCCAUUGUCGAGUAAGGCUGUCAUACUACCUCCACGCUCAAACCAUCCUAAUGGUUCUAGAAAGGCGAUCUCUUCUGUUGUGGAAUCAGCAUCUUCUACUUCAAAGAGCGGAGCGCCAAAGCAGAAAAGCAAUCCAAAUGCCACCGGUUCUGUGUCGGCGGCACCUUUGUCUUUGAAUGCUAAAGGACCAAAACGCAAAGGUAUUCCAAACGCCGCCAAUGCACCCUCAAAAAAGCAAAAGACUGCUUCACAACCAACCUCUGCGCUGCCCUCACAAACAAGUAACGAAGAUAGCCAGCGCGGACAGCGAUUGACACGUAGCAGAGCACCAAAAUUAGCAGUAAGUACCCCUACUGCAUCGGUAACACUGGCGGAUCCAAGCACGGUAAUCCUUCGAAGUGGAAAGGCCGCAAAACCGUCUAGAUUUUGGCAGUAUGCCGAGGACAAGUUAACUGAAGGAUAG